AUGCCGUGGAGUAUUAGUCAGGCAAUAGCGUAUAAAACAAUUGUUAAAGUAACUUUUUUCUUUUUUUUCUCUGUAGCAGGCAUCUGCUGCCAGGACCUGUUUGGCAUCGUGGGAGAAAAUUUUACUUUUCCAGUGAAUAUAGAAAAAAACCCAGAUGAAAUAAUUUGGACGAAAAACAAGGAUAAAGUGGCUGAAUGGGAAGGACAAAACACGACGUAUUUUCCUUCUCUCCGUAACAGAAGCUUCCUUAAUGAGGAGAAUGGCUGCUUGACUAUAUUUAACUUGCAGAACAGUGAUGCUGGCGUAUACGUAUUGGAGUACUUCAGUACUCAGAAAGAAAGUUCUCCCUUAACCUUCACACUUACUGUGCUACCUCCCCCUUCAAAACCUGAAGCAAGUUGCAAUGACAGCGGGGAUGCCUUUGUGUUGAAAUGUACAGCAGAUUUCCCAAAGCCUCUGCAUUACACGUGGAAGUUGAAUGGCAAUCCACCAAUCGUUCGUCACAUCCCAGAAGUUUUCAUCCCUAAGAAGGAUGUUGGUGCUUCCACAAAAGCUGUGUGCUUCAUUAAGUUCUCUCAAACGGAAAAGAGCUCUGAAAUCUCUUUGACUCAGUGCUUUUCAGAUACUCAGGGAGACAGCCAUCACAAAAGAAGCAGAGAUGGUCUUAUUGCAGCUUUUGUUAUUUGCAUGGCAGUUGCAGUAAUAGUAGCAUUUCUAUGCGAAAGAGGUAUGUAUAGUACUUCCUAAUGGAGCUCAACAUGCUUCAAGAUGACUGAACGGAGUUUCUCUAGAAUGUUAGGAAGUUUCUGACUCUGGGAUGUAUUGUAAACACAGCAGAAGAAACCAGUGCAACUUAGGCAAGGGCAAUAGGUUUGAAAGAAGUAAUAUACUAAACUUUGUGCAUUCAGACACUGGGCUCUGUGUACUGGGAAAUGUUGUAGUUUGUAUUUGUGUAUUUCUCCUUCAGACUAGGUGUUUCAUUUGCUAUGUGUUUCUAUUUACUGAGUAUUUAUGGCCUCUCCCAUUCCUAUCCAAGUGUGCCUUCACUACCUUUAUUCAGAGUAUCAUAAAGCUUGCCCUCAAGAUCUAUUUAUUGCUGGGACAGGCCUAUACCAAGUCCUCUUAAAUAUCUUGUGCUGAAUCUGAUCCAACAACUUGCUGUGCUCAACUCAUACCCAUGAGACAGGAAGCUACCAGUUGGAAUAGUUAAAGCAUAGCGCUGUAUCUCAAAGAGUUUGGCCUGCAUGAUAGCUAGGUGGUGGCGAUAGAAGUAAUUUCGUCAGCCUAACAGAUUCAGUGGCAGCAUGAAGAAGUGAAAUCAGCUUGCAUCAAUAAUUGUGAAUCCCUCGAUUCCCAAGGGAUAUAGUUGAAGUGCAGGUUGACCUGCUUGGAAAGAAUUUCGCUGCAGUUGUGUAAGAUUUUUUAGAUGUAAAACUGUAGGUAAAUACGUAAUAACACUUUCUCAUUGCUGAUAUGUCUGUAAAGCUUAUGUAGAUUAGGUGAUACUGAGAACUGUUGCUGAACUUUGAGUCCAUCUAAUGAUGGCAAUCAACUUUUCUAUGUUGGAGAAGCUUGCUUUAGUUUACCAUAGCUCAAGCAUACUUUACUCUGACUCUAGGGAGAUCUGUCUUUACUGUAGAUGGAUGAAAACUGUUCCACAGAGACUAUCGUUUGUAGGAUGGCUUGAACCAAUCUAGCCACUUACUAUCACUAAAAGUGGAGGUCUUGCUCUUUGGAACAGCUUUAGUAUUCAUCUCACCCCUCUGAGCCAGUUAAGCUAACUCAAGUAGCAGGAAAGUGACUCAGCAGAAAAACCUGGGUCAUUGCCCAUGAGACUAAUAGGUUAAAUCAGAUCGUGAAGGGCUCUGAAGGACACUGAGCUGACAUACUGGAGGGGUGGGAUGCUGGUCAGUGACGGAAUCAAAGGU